UGUCAAGGCCUGUGCCUUCCUUCUCCCCUUUCAGAGCCUUACCCAUUUUGGCAGCCAUGGCCGGCUCCGAAGAGGGAUCGUCGAUCGUGAACAUGGAGGAUGUCGAGGAUCCUAAGGAGCCAGUGUCUCCGUUGCAAGCUUUGCAGGCCAUGCAGGCCGAAUUCGAUUCCUUCUCCCAUCGCCUGCGGCAGCAGAUGACACGCCUGGAAGAGGACUUGCGAAAACAGCAGGCAGAGGGCUUCUCUCGGUCCUUGGACAAUUCCUUUGGCGGCCUCAACUCCCGUGGCUUGGGACAAUUCAAGGAGGACCAGGCGCCUGUUUGGGCACAAGAGCCACCGGCGCUGGUGGAGCACCGACUCAGGCGCGAGGAGAAAACCAUCCGCAAGCGACGGCACAUGCCCAUCGGACCCAUCGCCUCGAUGAACUCGAGCGGCUCAGACUGGCGACUGCACAACCGCUGGUUGCAGCUCUCCAUGCAGUGCGACACCGUGGCGGCCAUUUCGGAUUACAGGAGCUCUCGGUUAAGCGCCUCGCCUGGCCAAGCCUUGCGUGCCCGCAACGCGACGGAGCUGCCAUUCGUGGUGUUGGGCAAAACUCUUCAUCCGGGCAGUCUCCCUCACGUUUGUUGGGACUUUGUGGCGGUGACUUUCCUCCUGCUGGAUUCGAUCCUUCUACCACUGAAUUUGGCAUGGGAGUGGCCAAAAGAAACAUCAACUCCCAUCGGCAUCGCGCUGCUAGUGCACUUCCUGAUGAGCAUUGUUUUUUGGACUCUGGACAUCAUCAUGAAUUUCAACACCGGCUUCUACCAGAAGGGCGCCCUUAUCAGCUCCAAGUAUGAAAUUGCAAAGCACUACAUACGGACUUGGUGCGUAUUUGAUUGCCUCCUGGUUUCCUUAGACUACAUCACCGUGGUGAACAUUUUUAUGCAGGAUUUGCUGACCGAUUUGACCUUUGUCCGCUUCGCCCGUAUUGUGCGAUUGACCCGGUUGCUGCGCUUGGUGAAGAUGGCCAAGAUCGAUGGAUUCAUUCAAGAGAUGGCGGCCUCCACUGGGCGACAGUGGAUAAUGCUGGCCGUUACCAUUCAGAACAGCACCAUCGCUAUUGUGAUCCUUCUUCACACCCUGUCUUGCGUUUGGGUGAGCAUCGCUGGCCAGACAAACGGCAGCUGGAUUGAGCUAGCGGGCAUUGGCCCCACGGAUGCCGUGAUGCAAUACCUACAUGCCUUCCGGUACGUGAUGAUGCCCAUUACCCCUCCUGAGCUGAAGCAGGACAGCUUGUCCGAGCGGGUCUUCGACAUCCUGCUCAGCGUCUUCUGGAUGGCCGUGCUGGGAUUCUUCGUAUCGAAGAUCUCUAGCACCAUGGCAGAGCUCAGGGCCAUGAAUGAGUCCAAAUCAAAGCAUCGCCGGGAGAUCCGUCGAUACCUCCGUAGCCAGGAAGCGUCCUUCGAACUUGUCUCCCGCGUCAUGAAGUUUGUGGAGUACAAGCUGGACAAGCUGACACCAAUCAAUUUUGAUGGCAGCCUGAUCUCCAACACCUUGCAGACGGAGCUUUGCGUAAACCAGCGAUCCCGAUUCCUGGAAAGGCUUCCGAUAUGCAAGGUUACCAAAGAUCUAUUCCCAGAGGCCUUUGCCAACCUAUGCACAAAUCUGAAGAAGAUUGUGUGUGAAAACGGGGAGGACGUAUAUGUGGCAGGAGGGCACUCCAGCUGCAUGUAUAUCACCAUCACGGGCGAAUACGUCCACGUCGAGAAUUAUCAAGAUCAGGAGAUCACUGAGGAGCUCUUUGGCGUCCACUGCCUGGAAGAGAUCAGCUUGUACGUGGAUAACUGGCCGCACCAAGCCUCGCUGGCAGCGAAGACUUUUGCAGAAAUGUACAUCUUGGAAGGGGACGAUUUGGUGAAGUCUUUGCAGCACUCGCCCGGCAGUGCCGCGAUGUUCUUUGAGUAUGCACGAGAACUCACUUCCUCCGUGGGACGCCUCAACGGGCGUGUUGAUCGUCUCACUCAAGUCGCCGUUGCCGAGCGGUGCUGCAAGAUGACCCGCAUUUACCAGGAGGUCUUCCCAGAUCAAAAGUUCCGCCUGGACACAAUCCCUUCUUCAGAAUUCUCGAUUGCGAGCGACUCGCCGUGCGAGACGGAGCCGGAGCGCCGUGGUAUUGGCUGGCUUUUGAAAGAAGGAUGGCUGGAAGAUUUGGAGGAAGCUACGCUGCCUCACCAACUGCGCAGUUCCAUGGCAGAGCUGCAUCCUGAGACCGGCUCUCACAUCAUCUUUGAGCAGCCGCAGGAGCGUGAUCGUGCCGAGUCCUCUUGCAUCAGCAUCCUGGCAUUGGUUUCGAACCGCUACGAUAUAUUCACCAGGCCACAGGAUGCCUCCAUUCGCUUGCGACGGCAACAGUGGGAGCAAUUGCAGGCGGUCAUCAACUGGGUGAGGCCGAGCAUUGAGGAGAUUCAAACUGUCUUGGUUCUUUUGGCCAUCCGCCCGCUGGGCAAAUCCAAGUUCGUGAUUUGCCAAGUGCCCAACCACGACCGGCGCCCAGAAAGUGCCGUGCUCUAUUUGCUGGAUUACUGCCACAACGUGGUGCCGUCUGUGAAGGAGCUGAGUGAGCAAGGCCUGAGCUUGGCAAGAGCCACACUGCAAGUCCACGAAGCCUUCAACUUUGCUCAGAUGCUGCAGGGAGAGAAUGUACCAGCCAAUGUUGCUCAACUUCAGGAGAAGGUUAAGCGGGAGGGAGAACACUCCCUUCGCUUCUACAUUCUCUUUCUGCUUGGCUUUAUGAGCGGCCUCGAAGCAGGCAGUGGCUCCAGGUUCCUGAAUGCAAAGCGAGCCGAAAAUGUCAUCGAGGCCAUUGGCAUGCUGCAACAUUUGCUGAGCGCCACUCCCCGUGGCAUCUACUGGGGGUAUCUUUGCCAGCGGGCGCGUGCUCUGCAGUUGCCAGCACAGACCUCAGAAGACCUGGUCUUCAUCCGCUUGGCUUGCCUCAUGCGCAUCCAGGGGGAGUCGACCUAUGGCAAGCUGAAGGCAUCCUGGAACCGCCUUGGCGCCUUUGAAAAGGCCACCCUGAUCAACCACUUCUUGGCGGAUGGCAUUGAGGAGGUGGCAUUUGUUUUCGAGUUCCUGCCAGACUGUGUGGCCAACGCAAUGAAGAACCCAGUAGUGACGUUGACGGGCUUGUUGGAGAUGCUGGAAGAGCUCCUUCACACUUUGAAGCCUACUGUGGACCUCAUGCCGGACUUGAAGGAAGCAAAGGUCAUCCAAGUUGACCUGUCGGAUAUGAGCGAGUUUAUUGCUUGCGUGCAGAACACCUUCGUCUUCGAAACCUGCGUUUCCCGCUGCAAGAUCCGCUUUUCGGGAAGAAGGGCGCAAUUGGAGAUGACCGGCAACAACUGGAGUCGCAUCCGUGAGGCCGACUCGGACCUUACCAGCCUUGCCUACUGCAUGAGGGAUGUUAUGCAACGGCAGCAAGCCGUUGAGCAUCAUUUGAACCGGCUUGACAGAUACCGCACGCCUCGAGCAUCCACCUUUUCAAUUUGAUUUUCAGGGUGAUUUCAGCGGACGAGUCACUGAUUGGCUGAAUGCUGCCAAUUGGGCAAGCAUGUAGCACCCAAGAAGUGCACCCGAGAUUUUGCAUGGGCGUCUCACAGCUGGUAAAGGAGCUAGCUAGAUCCUUGCUUUUAAUCGAACUUGCAUUGGGCAUCAGCCGUUGGGUUGCAUGGCCUAAAGCUACUCACAUCAAACUCAAGAGUCCUGGCCAGAUAACACCAACGCACGUGUUUCUCUGCACGCGUGUGCUAAGCACAGUGUGCAUGAGGUUGGCCCUUGGCCAUGGUGGAUAUUUGGCACUGCCUUUCUGGCUUUUGGCAUCCGAUCGGCCAAACAGCCUCCGAAGGGUGUUCCAGUGGUGCCGUUUGACAAAAUCCGCUGGGGCAACCUGAAGCCCACAGAAAGCUUUUGGGGCGGAAACUCAACCGCAUCGUGCUAGGUGUGGGGCUGGCAAAAAUGCAUGAAAACCGGCAUUUCUGGAUCAUGUUCGGGAGAACAUGCUGUGAAUUCCAUUUGCUUCAAGCCGAACACUCAACCUGGAAGGAAAUAUGCCCGCGCUGGGCCCUCGGAUCAGGAACCGGCGAUGGCACGACACC